AUGCAGUCGAGCGGUGUCAGGCUGGCACGCUCGGCUUGGAAGGGACCGUACUUCACUUCCUUUCCGAUCCAGCGUAAGCCUGCAGGACCGGGUCAGGCGCCUCAGGUCAUCCUGACCGAUCAUCGAGCGUGUACCAUUCUGCCCAGCUUCGUAGGGAUGCGAUUCGCUGUUCACAAUGGAAAGAGCUACUUGCCCAUCACGAUCACGAGCGCUAUGGUCGGUCACAAGCUAGGAGAGUUCAGCGUCACCCGGAAACGAUUCUCGUACAAGCAGAGCAAGAACAGGUAG